AUGACAGAAGUGAAAGGAACGCCCAUCAUUAAAGGUUCACGAACAAUGCAAAUAACUGGCUUAUAUAAAGGAAGGGCAAUUAUUAUAAAAGACUCUUACACUGUUAUAAAUAAGAAGCUUAAACUAUUUCCUGCUAUGUUUAACUUACAAACAGGACCGAAAGAAGUAUUUCCAUACAACUACUACAGCAGUGUUUUGUUAGCAAAUGACAACAGAACUGGUGUCAUUUCUGAAGCGUGUAAGUUUGUAAAAGAUAUUGAUACGUUCAUGAAAAACAUAGAUUCCAUCAAAGGUUGCAGAAUAGAUGAAAACCAUUUCGACUUAGAAAAGUAUAGCACAUUUUAUUGCAAACAAGAUGUAAGAAUUUUAAGAGAAGGUUUUGUUAAGUUCCGCAAUGACAUAUUGAAAGAAUUUGAUUUAAACGUUUAUGACUACGUUAGUAUUUGUUCUAUUGCUAACAAAUUGUUUGAGAACAGAGUGUACUUCCCGAAUGGAAAUUUAUAUGACCUCUCAAAUAAACCAAGAGAAUUUAUUUCACGCUGUAUUCAAGGUGGAAGAUGUAUGCUGUCAGAUAACAUUAAACAAAAGAGCGAAAAGAAACUCAUUGCUGACUUCGACGCUGUUUCAUUAUAUCCAUCAGCUAUAGCAAGACUUUAUACUUUAGAAGGUAUUCCAAAGGUUAUGAAGAAAGAAAUGUUAAGCACAGAGUAUCUCAUGAGACAUUUAUUCGAUGACGACCAAAAGGAACCCAUUGGUGAAAAGUUUAUGUCUGGCUUCUUUGUUCUCAUUAAGAUAACAGAGAUUGGAAUACAUAGA